AUGAAUCCUGAACGAGCCGAUGAAGAAUCAUUACGUGAAUUUGCAUGUAAUGGUGAUAUACAUCAAAUUCAAAGUUUAUUAACAAAUAAACCAAAUCUAAAUAUUAAUAGUCAAAAUGCUAUGAAUGGAUGGACAGCUUUACAUUGGGCAGCUAAACGAAAUCAUUCACAUGUAGUACAAUAUCUACUUGAAAAUGGAGCAAAUAAAGAUAUUCAAGCAAAUGAUAAAUCAACACCCGCACAUCUUUGUAACAAUGAUGUAUUACGAAAAGUUUUAGAAUCAACAACAUCGGAUAAUAAUGUAUUGCCUUGUAAUACAAUAACAACACUUCCUAUAACUCCAAAUUAUCUUCGAAAUCCAGUUUUUCCAUAUAUUUCAUCGCAAUCAACAUCUAUUCCAACAACUAUUGAAACUCAAACAAUUACUCUUCUAUGUCGUGUUGGAAAUGAUCCCUUAGAAACGGAUUAUGUCGAAUUUGAUUUUAAUAAAACACCAACUACGGGUUCAUUCGAACGACUUUCAUCGCUUAUUUGUCAUGAACUUGAAAUUGAUCACAUUGAUAAAUUACGUCGAUUACCUUGUGUACGUGUUCGUAAUGAUCGUGAUGUUGAACGUUUAAAAGAUAAUCAUAUGUUAGAAGUUAUUCGAAUAAAAAAAGAAGAAAAAACAACAUGA